AUGGAGUGGAUUCGGGUGGCAGUGGCCCACGCAGAACACCGGCGCAGCUUCUCUGUGGACAGCGACGACGUGAGACAGGCUGCCAGGUUGCUCCUGCCAGGGGUGGACUGUGAGCCACGGCAGCUAAAGUAAGACAUGACAUGGAUGAACAUACACAAAUACACAGCACACACACAUAAACAUCGCUCUCAAAUACAGACACACACAAUUACUGAACACAGGAUCGUACACUUAUUCAGACAUACACUGAAUGUUUCUCAAUGUGUAGCACAUGCACAUUUUAACCCACACUGACACAUAAUGAAGACAUAUCAAUACUUUUAAAGGGUAAGUUUAGAGGAGCAAUCCGGGAUUAGAAAAACAACAGUGUUCACCACGCCACUUGUUUUGGGAAACAGCUGAGGGAUGGAAAUGGAGAAAUGUAACCACUUUCAAAUUCAUAGACAGACCUAUGGAUGCAAGGACUCACCAUCCAUGAGAUCAACAUGAUAGUUACCCAAGCUUAUAGUUUGGUUUCUUAUGGUGUCAGAUAGUUGAGCUAAGCUCAUGAGUCAUUUAUAUGUUAUAUUCUUCAAGAAUCAACGGCUAUAUAUACACAGACACCUAAAAUUAUUGUCACCCAAAAAAGACUAUCAAAUAAAUACAAAUACCGAGCUAUAUUGUAUGCAAAACAAAUGGGAGAAUUGUAUAAUUGUAUAUUAAUACAAUUGCUCAGAGAAAGAGAUUUUGUUCAACAUGUACAUUUAAAAAAAACUAAAAUAAUGAUUGGCACCCCUAAGAAUCUGCAUUAACAUUCUACUUUUUAAAUUAAUAUCAGUUUGACCAAAUACGAUGCUACAGUAUUUCUCUGUAAUCAAAUUAACAACAGACUUUCAGCAUGCUUAUAGAGAAGGGCACUCAACAUGUACUGCACUGACCAAAUGACUGAUGAUUGGUUGAAAGAAAUUGAUCAUAAGAAGAUUGUGGCAGCUGUACUGUUAGAUUUCAGUGUAGCCUUUGAUAUUAUUGACCAUAACCAGUUGUUGAGAAAACGUACACUACCGGUCAAAAGUUUUAGAUCACCUACUCAUUCAAGGGUUUUUCUUUUUACUCUUUUCUACAUUAUAGAAUAAUAGUGAAGACAUCAAAACUAUGAAAUAACACAUAUGGAAUCAUGUAGUAACCAAAAAAGUGUUAAACAAAUCAAAAUAUAUUAUAUAUUUUAUAUUCUUCAAAGUAUUCACCCUUUGCCUUGAUUUUGCACACUAUUGGCAUUCUCUCAACCAGCUUCAUGAGUAAUGUUUUUCUUUUUUUUUUAAAUAUAUAUAAUAUUUAUAUUCACAAUGAAUGAAAGAUAAUAUUUAAAGACAUUAUACAUUUUUCCCAAUUGACCCCCCAAUACAAGCAAAAAUGUAAUAGCCUAACAAUUUCUGGUGAUUAGGUGAUCUUAUAGUCCUAGAGUAGUAAUCUCAAGGGGUGGGGGUGGGGCCAAGAGGACUAAUCUGGAGGAAGUGUUUGGAACUGUUCAAAAUAGGAUAUCAUUGGGUCCCAGGUGGAAUAAAAUGAGUUGGUUGACCUUAUUUUUUUCUAAUUUUAAGAACAGCAUCAGAUCUUUGAGGCUAAGGGAGGAUUGAUAGAUUUCCAAUCCAAUAAAAUCCUUCUGCGGGCUAACAGGGAGGCAAAGGCAAUGGCAUUCAGCUGUCCAUUGGUCAGAGAAGGAUUGUUGUUUGGUACUCCAAAAACAGCAAUUUCUGCACUAGGCUGUACAUUUGUAUUAAAUGCUUCAGAAAGUGUUUUAAAUAUAGUGGACCAAUAAUCUGCCAGACAGGGACAGGCCCAGAACAUGUGGGUCAAGUCUGCCAAGGAGCCUUUACACCUGUCACAUGUACCAUCAAUAUUUGGGUAGAACUUUGACAAUCUGGCCUUACUUAAAUGGAUAUGUUGAAGGCUGAGCCGGGCACAAGAGAAGCUUCCAUUUACCCUAAGUAAGGUGCCAUUCCAGACUUCAUAAGAGAUCUCUCCACCAAGUUCCCUUUCCCACUCAGAUCGGAUUUUAUUGAGUGACGGGUUAUCAAGGGACAUGAUUAUCAAAAAAAUAUGGGAUAUGAGUCCCUUUAGUUGACAAUAUGUUUUCAAAAGGGCAUCCAGACCCGAUCCGGGUGAUAGAAUUGGAAAGGCUGGGCUUUGAGUGUGAAUAAACUGGUGGAAUUGGAAAUACCUAAAAAACUUCAAUGGGGUAGAUUAAAUUUGAUAGCGAGGUCUUCGGAAUUGGCUAAGGUUCCAUCAAUAUAAAGGUUACACUUAGUAAGGCCAUUCCUCUGCCACAGCCUGAAAGCUGAAUCCAGUUUGCCUGGAAGGAAGAGGUGAAUAUUACAUAUAGGACCUUGAAUAGAGAAAUCAUAGAGUUUAAAAUGUUGAUGGAAUUGAGUCCAAAUUUUAAGAGUAUUGACAACAAUUGGAUUGGAUGUGUAGCGCGAAGCUGAAAGAGGGAGAUUGGAGGUGACUAAAGCUGACAAAGAGGAGGAGAAACAGGAGUUGGCUUCUGUUUGACACCAGUCAGUUUCUGGGGUGUGAAGCCAGUAAACAAUAUUUUGUAUAUUUGCUGCCCAGUAAUAAUACAUAAAGUUAGGAAGGGCUAGUCCUCCGUGUGUUCUGUCUCUCUGGAGGAAUACUUUAUGUAUUAUUGGAUUCCCACCGCCCCAUAAAAAACAAGAUAAGCUUAAUUUUACAUUUUAGUCAUUUAGCAGACGCUCUUAUCCAGAGCGACUUACAGUUAGCGCAUACAUUAUUUUAUGUUUUUCAUACUGGCCCCCCGUGGGAAUCGAACCCACAAACCUGGCGUUGCAAACACCAUGCUCUACUGAGCUACAUCCCUGCCGGCCAUUCCCUCCCCUACCCUGGACGACGCUGGGCCAAUUGUGUGACGCCCCAUGGGUCUCCCGGUCGCGGCCGGCUACGACAGAGCCUGGAUUCGAACCAGGAUCUCUAGUAGCACAGCUAGCACUGCGAUGCAGUGCCUUAGACCACUGCGCCACUCGGGAGUCCACUGCAGUGAAAAAGACUUUGGAACAAAUACAGAAAUCUAGACAAGACAUUCAUCUUGAUACAAUUCACUUUACCAGGGCCUCCUGUAGCUCAGUUGGUAGAGCAUGGCGCUUGCAACGCCAGGGUUGUGGGUUUGAUUCCCACAGGGGGGCCAGUAUGAAAAAUGUAUGCACUCACUAACUGUAAGUCGCUCUGGAUAAGAGUGUCUAGCUAAAUAACUAAAAUGUAAAGUAAAAUGGAGAAUACUCCAUCUCUGAAAGUCCACUGUAAGUUUACUAAUCAGAGGAGUAAAGUUCUCAUCAUGGAGGGAAGACAAGGUACGGGUGAUAUUGAUCCAUACAUUUUGAAAGCCAGAAUAGUAUCCUGUGGAAUUUGUAAUGCUAAGUAAUUAAUAGGAAAACAUUCACUUUUUGAGAACCCGAAAACACACCAAACCUACGCAGUAGGUCCACUACCUCAGGGACACACACUUCAGGGUCUGAGCUAUAUAAAAGCAAAUAAUCUGCAUAGAAGGAAACUUUGUGUUCCAGUCCCCAUCUGUAGAUACCAUGUAUUGAGGGUCUGUCCUUUAGCAUAAUAGAAAGGGGUUCUAUCGACCAGGGCAAAUAACAGAGGGGACAUUGGACAUCCCCGGCGUGUGGCCCUUGAUAAUGGGAAAUACUUUGAACGAAGUCUGUUUGUAAGUCAGAAGAUGCAGGAGAGUGUAUGACAUUAAGCAGACGUUGAAUGUUAGAAAAGUAGUGGCAACCCUUAAUGAACCCGGUCUGAUCAGUCGAUAUGAUGUUUGUCAUAGUGGACUCUAUUCGAGAGGCAAGCAAUUUCGCUAAUAUUUUAACAUCUGCAUUUAAAAGUGAGAUCGGUCUGUAUGAGCCACACUCAGAUGCAUCUUUGGCGGGUUUUAACAAAAGUGUGAUCGAAGUGUGUCAGGGUUUGUGGUAAAACACCCUGGUCCAGGGUUCGUUUCAAGCAGGAGUGGGGCCAGUUUGGCAGAAAACUCCUUGUAGAAUUCGAUUGGGUAGCCAUCUGGGCCAGGGGAUUUCCCACUUUGCAUUUCUGUAUUUGAAUUAAUAAUCUCUACUAACUGGAAAGUUUGAUCAAUUUCCUCUCUCUUCUCUUUACUAAUGGUAGGAGUUUCCAAGUUGUCAAGAAAAUCAUUCAUAAUUGAAUUGUCUUCAGGUGAUUCUGACGUGUAAAGAUCUGAAUAAAUUAUUUGGAAAGUAUUAUUGAUUUCAGUGGGACUAACUGUUAAGACCCUAGGUGUUGUGAAUUUGGGGGAUCAGCUGUGAGGCAGAUUUGCACUUGAGUUGAUGAGCUAGAAGUCGACCAGCCUUUUCUCCAUGUUCGUAAACAAAACCGCAUGCACAGAGUAGCUGCUGCUCAGACUUAUCUGUAGAUAGUAAAUUGUAUUGAGAUUGAAGACAGCCUUUCUUUGUAAAGUUCUGGUGAUGGAGAGGCAGAGUAUGGUUGGUCUAAUUCCAGAAUUGCGUCGAUCAGCUGUUGUUGUUUGAUUUUCCGUUGUUUAUUGAGAAGAGAGGAAUAGGAAAUUAUUUCGAUUAUGUUUUAUUUGUCUCAAUGAAGACAUCAAUUGCAAUCGAUAGAACGGUGCAGAAUGAAUUGUUUGAAAGUAAAGAUGAGUUAAGUCUCCAUGGGGGGCGAUCUGUAUAGUUCAAUGAGAAUGAGAGGUCGAGCGACAGAGAAGAAUGGUCACUAAUAACAAUGGCAGAGUAUUCUACUUUCUUAACAGAGGGUAGAAGGGCUUUAUCUAUGAAAAAGUAGUCUAUUCUAGAAUAGACUAUAGCUAGCUAAUUAGGCAAAUGCUAGGUUUUGUUGAAGACUCAUUUACAACCUUCAACAACGGGGAUGCCGAGAACAAGGUCAAAUGACACCUGACUAAAUGUUAGCUAGCUAGCUAACGUGAGCUACAGUGGUUAGUUACGAUAGCUAGUUAGCUAACUAACAUUCACAAUCGCUUCCCCUUACUCUGACAUAGCUUGCAUUAGCUAGUCAGCCACAAUCCAGCUUUUGGCUGUCAGAUAUUUAGCUCGGCCUACUAGAUCAUCAUCAUUUUAUAUAAUGGCUACUUCAGUUCAGCUUACUUGCCAUGAUUUCUGACCAACACACCACAAAUUCUCCUCAGACCACAGCUCCAUCUCUCUCCUAUCUCCAUUCAAUCUCCUCGUUCUUGCCUGCUCCUUCUGGUCUCUCGGUCUCCAUUGAGGCUCAAAGCUGAUCGCCACUCGCAGAGGUAUAGGCAGACAAUCAAGAUGGCGCCGGAGGAGAUGGCUGCCGUAUUACGGGCUCCUGACCAAUUGUGCUAUUUUUAGUGUUUUUUUCGCAUUGUUUGUAACUUAUUUUUUACAUAAUGUUUCUGCCACCGUAACUUAUGACUGAAAAGAGCUUCUGGAUAUCAGAACAGUGAUUACUCCCCUUGAACUGAACAAAGAUUAUUUCUUUAAACGAGUCGGACGCAAAGGAUUUACUGCUGAUACCGGAGCAGGUCCAAAUCCCCGUAAUUCACAUGAAGAAUACACACCGAUACAGGGGACGCAGGUCUGGGUGCCUUGUGAGAAUUCGUCGGCGAGUCGGCUCUACCAUCCGUCCUAUUGGCCAACAUGCAAUCAUUGGAGAAUAAGUUUGAUGUGCUCCGUUCAAGUCUAUCCUACCAACGGGAUAUUAAAAACUGUAAUAUCUUAUGUUGUUUCAACGAGUCGUGGCUGAAUGACGACAUGGAUAGUAAACAGUUGGCUGGGUUUUCCGUGCAUCGGCAAGACGGAACAGCUGCCUCCGUUAAGGUCUGUGUCUAUUAGUCAAUAACACAAAAAUCUAAUAUUAACGAAGUCUCAAGGUUUUGGUCGCCUGAGGUAGAGUAUCUCAUGAUAAACUGUAGACCACACUAUUUACCAAGAGAGUCUUCAUCUAUAUAUUUCGUAGCUAUCUAUUUACCACCACAGACUGAUGCUGACACUAAGACCGCACUCAACAAGCUGUAUAAGGCCAUAAGCAAACAAGAACAUGCUCAUCCAGAUGCGGCACUCCUAGCGGCCGGGGACUUUAAUGCAGGGAAACUGAAAUAUUUUUUACCUAAUUUCUACCAGCAUGUCAAAUGUGCAACCAAAAAAAAAAAAAAAAACUCUAGACCACCUUUACUCCACACACAGAGACGUGUACAAAGCUCUCUCUCGCCCUCCAUUUGGCAAAUCUGAACAUAAUUAUAUCCUCCUGAUUCCUGCUUACAAGCAGAAACUAUAGCGGAAGUGCCAGUGACAAUACAGAAGUGGUCAGAUGACACAGAUGCUAAGCUACAGGACUGUUUUGCUAGCACAGACUGGAUUAUGUUUCGGGAUUCAUCCGAUGGCAUUGAGGAGUGUACCACAUCAGUCACCGGCUUCAUCAAUAAGUGCUUCGAUGACAUCGUUCCCACAGUGACCGUACGUACAACAUCAUCAUCCCAGAAACCCUAGACCCACUCCAAUUCACAUACCGCCCCAACAGAUCCACAGAUGAUGCAAUCUCUAUUGCACUCCACACUAGCCUUUCCCAUCUGGACGAAAGGAACACCUACGUGAUAAUGUUGUUCAUUGACUACAGCUCAGCGUUCAACACCAUAGUGCCCUCAUAGCUCUUCACUAAGCUAAGGACCCUGGGACUAAACAACUCCCUCUGCAACUGAAUCUUGGACUUCCUGACGGGCUGCCCCCAGGUGGUAAGAGUAGGCAACAACACAUCUGCCACACUGAUCCUCAACACAGUGACCCCUCAGGGGUGUGUGCUUAGCCCCUCCUGUACUCCCUGUUCACCCAUGACUGCGUGACCAAGCACGACUCCAACACUAUCAUUAAGUUUGCCAAUGACACAACGGUGGUAGGCCUGAUCACCGACACUGAUGAGACAGCCUAUAAGUAGGAGGUCAGAGACGUGGCAGUGUGGUGCCAGGACAACAACCUCUCCCUCAACAUGAUCAAGACAAAUGUGAUGAUCGUGGACUACAGGAAAAGGAGGGCCAAGCACGCCCUCAUUCUCUUCGACGGGGCUGUAGUGGAGCAGGUUGAGAGCUGUCCACAUCACCAACGAACUAUCAUGGGUCAAACACACCAAGGCAGUUGUGAAGAGGGCACAACAACGCAUAUUCACCCUCAGGAGACUGAAAAUAUUUGGCAUGGGUCCUCAGAUCCUCAAACAGUUCUACAGCUGCACCAUCGAGAUCAUCCUGACUGGUUGUAUCACCGCCUGGUAAUGCAACUGCUCGGCCUCCGACCGCAUGGCGCUACAGAGGGUAGUGGGACGGCCCAGACCUCUAUACCAGGUGUCUAUACCCAAGCCAUAACACUGCUGAACAGCUAAUCAAAUGGAUACCCGGACUAUUUGCAUUGACCCACCCACUUGUUUACGCUGCUGCUACUUGCAGUCACUUUACCCCUACCUAAACUCAUCAAAAAAAGAAACGUCCCUUUUUCAGGACCCUCUUUCAAACAUAAUUAGUAAAAAAUCUAAAUAACUUCACAGAUCUUCAUUGUAAAGGGCUUAAACACUGUUUCCCAUGCUUGUUCAAUGAACCAUAAACAAUGAAUGAACAUGCACCUGUGGAACGGUCGUUAAGAUACUAACAGCUUACAAACGGUAGGCAAUUAAGGUCACAGUUAUGAAAAAUUAGGACACUAAAUAGGCCUUUCUACUGACUCUGAAAAACACCAAAAGAAAGAUGCACAGGGUCCCUGCUCAUCUGCGUGAACGUGCCUUAGGCAUACUGCAAGGAGGCAUGAGGACUGCAGAUGUGGGCAGGGCAAUAAAUUGCAAUGUCCGUACUGUGAGAAACCUAAGACAACGCUACAGGGAGACAGGACGGACAGCUGAUCGUCCUCGCAUUGGCAGACCACGGGUAAAAAGACCUGCACAGGAUCGGUACAUCCGAACAUCACACCUGCGGGACAGGUACAGGAUGGUAACAACAACUGCCUGAGUUACACCAGGAAUGCACAAUCCCUCCAUCUGUGCUCAGACUGUCCGCAAUAGUCUGAGAGAGGCUGUUCUGGGGGCUUGUAGGCCUGUUUUAAGGCAGGUCCUCACCAGACAUCACCAGCAACAACGUCGCCUACGGGCACAAACCCACCGUCGCUGGACCAGACAGGACUGGCAAAAAGUGCCCUUCACUGACGAGUCACGGUUUUGUCUCACCAGGGGUGAUGGUCAGAUUUGCGUUUAUGGUCGAAGGAAUGAGCGUUACACCGAGGCCUGUACUCUAGAGCGGGAUCAAUUUGGAGGUGGAGGGUCCGUCAUGGUCUGGGGCGGUGUGUUACAGCAUCAUCAUCGGACUGAGCUUGUUGUCAUUGCAGGCAAUCUCAACGCGGUGUGUUACAGGGAAGACAUCCUCCUCCCUCAUGUGGUACCCUUCCUGCAGGCUCAUCCUGACAUGACUCUCCAGCAUGACAAUGCCACCAGCCAUACUGCUCGUUCUGUGCGUGAUUUCCUGCAAUACAGAAAUGUCAGUGUUCUGCCAUGGCCAGCGAAGAGCCCGGAUCUCAAUCCCAUUGAGCACGUCUGGGACCUGUUGGAUCUGAGGGUGAGGGCUAGGGUCACAAGUGGUACCGGAGCGCCAAGUCUAGGUCCAAGAGGCUUCUAAACAACUUCUUCCCCCAAGCCAUAAGAGUCCUGAACAUCUAAUCAAAUGGCUACCCAGACUAUUGCAUUGCCCCCCCACCCAUAUUUUACGCUGCUCCUACUCUCUGUUGAUUAUCUAUGCAUAGUCACUUUAAUAACUCUACCUACAUGUACAUAUUACCCCAAUUACCUCGACUAACCUUGACUCGGUACCGGUACCCCCUGUAGAUAGCCUCGCUAUUAUUAUUUUUACUGCUGCUCUUAAUUAUUUGUUACUUUUAUUUCGUAUUAUUUUAUAGUGUAUUUUUUUGUGAUUUAUUUUGGUAUUCUUUCUUAAAACUGCAUUGUAGGUUAAGGGGUUGUAAGUAAGCAUUUCACUGUAAGGUCUACACCUGUUGUAUUCGGCGCAUUUGACAAAUAACAUUUUAUUUUAUUUUAUUUAUUUGAAGAGUGGAGUAACAUCUCACAGCAAGAACUGGCAAAUCUGGUGCAGUCCAUGAGGAGGAGAUGCACUGCAGUACUUAAUGCAGCUGGUAGCCACACCAGAUACUGACUGUUACUUUUGAUUUUGACCCCCCUCUUUGUUCAGGGACACAUUAUUCAAUUUAUGUUAGUCAGUUUAUGUAUCAGUUGUUGAAUCUUGUUAUGUUCAUACAAAUAUCUGCACAUGUUAAUUAAGUUUGCUGAAAAUAAAACACAGUUGACAGUGAGAGGACGUUUCUUUUUUUGCUGAGUUUACAUGUACGUAUUACCUCAAUUACCUUAACUAACCUGUACGCCCGAACAUUGACUCGGUACCAGUACCCCCUGUAUAUAGCAUUGUUAUUAUUACUCUUUUAUUUUUUUACUUCAGUUUAUUUAGUAAAUAUUUUCUUAACUCUUAUUUUUCUUAAAACUGCAUUGUUGGUUAAAGGCUUGUAAGUAAGCAUUUCACCUGUUGUAUUCGAUGCAUGUGACAAAUAAAAUUGGAUUUGAUAAAUGUGGCUCAGAAUUGCAACAGUUUUCACCCGACUCUACGUCAAGCCCGAUCAAUAUUCCAUUUCAUAUUUUUAUGGUGCACGUGCAGUCCAGCAGUAUAUACUCGAUUAUAUCUCCAAUUUGCAAUGUCGGAUAUAAAAAAAAGUUAAAUUUCAGAUUUUAAUAUAUAUGCAGUGUUUUAAUGUAAAACAUGGCCUUUAAAACACAGCUUGAGUGGAUUAAAAAAAACAUGAAUAACUAUUACUGCAAAAUGAAAAAGAAUGGUUCACAAUGAAAGCCAUUUCUGUGGUAAAACUGCCUUGGGAAAUGCACAAAUCAUUGCACAAAAGAAAUGCACUUCAAAUACCUUUAUGUUCUGAAUUUUGCAUUAUAUACCAGAUCAUCAUGAGAUCUUUGGAAUCCAUUAUCAUUUGUGGCAGAUUCCCUCUUUUGAUUAUGUAGCAGUAUGCAAUUUGACAUUUAUGGUAGCAUUCAACAUGCUUUAUGGAUGUGUACUUCCAGUAUCCCUUCAAUUUGUUCUUCUACUUAAUCAUGAGUAUUAAUCAUUCUUGUCCUUCCCUCAGGGCAGAUGAUUGUUUCUGUGCCACCCGAAAGCUCGAAGCGGCGUCCACAGAGGCUAAGUUUCUGCAGGACCUGGGUUUCCGCAUGCUCAACUGUGGCCGGUCAGACCUUCUGAAACAGGCGGUCAACCUACUGGGGCCUGAUGGUAUCAACAGCAUGAGCGAGCAGGUCUGA